CUAAUAUAGUUUCCGACAAGAAAUUGUGAGCAACUAACCUGUUACAAAAAUGUUUAAAAAAUUUGAUGACAAAGAAAUGGUAUCUGGUGUGAAUAAUGCAAAAUCUUCAGUCCAAAAAGCCAUUAGAAAUUCUGUAUUAGAUAAUUAUCCCUUUAUAGAGCCAUACCUUGAUCAGAUUAUUCCAAAGAAAGGUGAUCUUAAAGUUGUCAAAUGCCAUGAACACAUAGAAAUUCUUGCAAAUGCUGCAGGGGAACCAUUGAUGUUUCGACACAGAGAUGGGCCCUACAUGCCGACACUGAAGCUUUUACACAAGUACCCUUUCAUGUUGCCACGAAUGCAGGUAGAUAAAGGUGCUAUAAGAUUUGUCUUGAGUGGGGCCAACAUCAUGUGUCCAGGGCUGACAUCUCCUGGUGCCAAGAUGACAAAAUUAGAUGCUGAGAAGGUUGUGGCUGUGAUGGCAGAGGGAAAGGAGCAUGCAGUGGCCAUAGGAAUGACAAAAAUGUCCACAGACGAAAUCAUUUCUAAAAACAAGGGUAUUGGAUUAGAGAACAUUCAUUACCUAAAUGAUGGACUUUGGAACAUGAGGACAGUUAAAUGACCCUUGAUGCUGUUAUUCCUGAUUGUUGGACUAUUUGUUAUAAAUAACUUUAAUAUUUAUUGCAAUAUUAAAGCAUUGUAUCAUGAAUAAACCACCAUCCCUUUCCCAGUCA